AUGAUGGAUGGCGAGUAUUUGGAUGCAGAGGAAUUAGCGUUUGAUUUACAACAAAAAUAUCCUGAAUAUAGCAGACGUAAGUUUCGUGAUUUCGUUAAAACGGUUCAGUUGGGAAUGGACAAAGUCGGAGAUGAAGGUGGUGGUGUGAAUAAGGAGGUUAAAGGAAAUCCGGAGAGUGCAGCAGAGGACAUAUCAAAUGAAAGAAAAAGAAAAUUAUUAGCAUCGUCGGAGACUGAACCAAUUGUAACCAUUGACGAUGACGAUUCAGAUACUUGCGAUCCAAAUGCAGAUAAAUAUGUUCAUUACCCAGACGCGAACAUGGCGAACAAAACAUUGAUGAAGCUGUACGUAACGAACAAAAAUGAUGAUACACCUGAUAGACCUCUGCAAAAAAUGUCAAAAACUUCCAAGCAAAAAAGUAUGAAACACAAAAGUAUUCAUAAAGCAACAAUUGAUUCGAAAUUGUUUGGCGGCGGUGAGACGUCGUCAUUGAACAUUGAACCACAAAAAUCAUCGGUUACAUUUGCGGAUAUUGGAGGUUGUGAAUCGCAAUUCCUUGAUGUGUGUCGUCUUUCGAUGCAUCUCAAACAUUCGGAGAUUCAUGAAAGACUCGGCGUGCAACCACCAAGAGGAUUUCUUCUGCACGGUCCACCUGGAUGNAUUCGGAGAUUCAUGAAAGACUCGGCGUGCAACCACCAAGAGGAUUUCUUCUGCACGGUCCACCUGGAUGCGGGAAAACGUUAUUUGCACAUGCUGUUGCCGGAGUUCGAACUGAAUCUACCGUUACUAAAGAUAGCAUCGACUGAAUUAAUAUCUGGAAUAUCGGGUGAGUCAGAGUCGAAGUUGCGAGAGUUAUUCAUGAAAGCGCAAGAAUCAGCACCGUGCAUAUUGUUGAUUGACGAGAUUGAUGUUAUCGCUCAAAAACGUGAUAGUACACAUCGUGAGAUGGAAAAACGAAUCGUUUCACAGUUAAUUAUCUGUCUUGAUGGCACAACAAAUCGACCGGAAAGCAUCGAUGCAUCACUGCGAAGGGCUGGUCGAUUCGAUAAGGAGAUUGCGAUUGGUAUACCGGAUGAAAGAGCGCGCAUUAAGAUACUUGAAAUUGUAUGCAGCGGUAUUCGCUUGGAUGAAAGUGUGCAAAUGCAUAAUCUAGCACGACUAACUCCAGGCUAUGUGGGUGCUGAUUUGAAGGCGCUUGCUAGAGAAGCAUCAAUGUGUGCUGUGAACAGGGUUUUUGAAACAGUCGCACGUUCCUCUCAAAGACCGGGAAGGCUGAAUAUCGAGGAGACGAAUGAGGAAUUGACAAAGUUGUUGGAAUGGUUGAAAUCAGAUCAAAUUUUGGAUGAUAGUAAAAUAACGAAUUUAUUCGUGCAGUUGGACGACUUCAAGAAAGCGUUAACCAUAGUGCAUCCAUCAGCAAAACGUGAAGGAUUUGUAACAGUACCGGAUGUUUCGUGGCAAGACAUUGGCGCACUGAACGAAGUUCGAGAGGAAUUGAAAUGGAGCAUUUUG